UCAAUUCCUCAUAGAGAAAAACAAAACGAAAGGGAAAGUCAGCUUCACCGACAACUGAGUUCCUCCUUGUCAUCUCAGGAGUCGUAUAUCUAUUCUUCACUCAUGCUGGCAAGCAAGCUCCGUUGAGAUUCUGUUCCGGCUGAAAUUCCCCCGAUGCGUCAGAUCCUCUGAUUGAGCUUCUAGGGUUUACACUUCAAUAUGAUGAACAACAGCAACAAACACAGCUGCAGUAACAAAAGCACUACUACCACCGCCAACUCCACUAGUAGUAGGCACAAUCUCUGCCUAUAUUUCCUCGAUCAGGUGAGGCUCUGCUCCACUGCGACUCCCUCCGCCAAGGACGAGGCCGAGGAGGAGGAAGCUCCACUAAGCUGAACCUGGUCAACAGCUCCAGCGGCUUUCUCGUCAUCUCCAUCGACAAGUUCUCCAUCAAGUACAUCGGCAUGAACCUACACGGCCACGAUGUCAGGGUUGUGGCAGCGAACAGGCCUGGUCCCGUCAGGCGGCUGCUGCACUACUUCGAGAUGUACGUGAAGGACUCAAGUGUUAUGGGCCAGUUCUCAACCGGGUUCACUAGUGAGAGCUUCAAGAUGACAAGGCAGCCCGGCAUUCACUCUCAACAUCCAAUCGUUGCGCCCGUGCCCACAUUCUCUCUUUCUCGCUCUGAGGAUGUCGUGCAAGCGGAGAAGGACGGAAAUUGCAGAAAUCGGCAACAAGUCCGCCAAGAAUGUGACGUUUACGAAGCGGAGACAGGGCCUAUUCAACAAGGCCAGCGAGCUCGAGGUCCUAUGCGGUGCCCGGGUCGGGAUCCUCACGUUCUCACCAGCGGGUAAGCCAUACCCGUUCGGGGAAGACGUUGUUUCUGAUUACUUUACGUGGUGGGGGCCGCCGUCUUCGGGAUCGGAGUUCGACACGAUUGUCAAGUGGAUCGAGAGUGCGCCUGAUGGUUCUUGCGAGACCGUGGAGGAGUUGGAGUCAUUGAUCAGAGAAUACGAAUCGCUCCAGCAAGCCGUGGCACGCCGCUUGGAGGGUGGUUUGAUGGCUGCUAUGAGUUCGAGUUCAGGUGGUGGGGCGUUCUCAGGUCAUCGCCGUUGCUGCACCAUGAACAGCGAGUUCGGCUCAUCAAUUCCGACGAAUUCGACGUCGACACUUCUAGACCCAUCUGUUCCUCUGCAAUAUAGGCCCGAAUCGGUCACGCACGAGCCUCAAACUGCCGCCGAUACACCCAUUCCGACGAAUUCAAUGUCGUCACUCCUAGACCCAUCUGUUCCUCUGCAAUAUAGCCCCGAAUUCGUCGCGAAUUCAAUGUCGACACUCCUAAACCCAUCUAUUCCUCUGCAAUAUGGCCCCGAAUCGGUCACGUACGAGCCUCAAACUGUCGCCAGUACACCCGUUCCGAGCCUGGGCUUGACAGAGACUGAGGUAGAAUCGUGGGUUAAUUUGUUGCUCAGACUCGGAGAAGAUUAGAUUAGAGAUCCGUUUUCGUUGGUAUCUGGAGAGAUGUAAUUUGUCUGCUCAAUCACGUAAUCAACUACGAGUUGAAUUGACAUUGUGUUCCUCUUAAGU